CCCCCACCGUCUCCUCGCUGUGAGCCGCCGGCCGCCUGCGCACUUGAGCUCCACUUCCUCUCGCGGGAGGCGUCAGCCGAGAGCCACAGCCAACAGCAAUGGGGGCCGGAUGGGAGGAGUACAAGCCGUGCGCGGCGAUGGUGGCGGCGCAGUGCAUCUACGCGGCGCUGGCGCUCUGGGCCAAGGCCGUGUUCACCGGGGGCAUGAGCACCAUGGUCUUCGUCGUCUACCGCCAGGCCAUCGCCACCGUCUUCCUCGUCCCCAUAGCCAUCAUUGCCAACAGAAGGAAGAAGAAGGAGACGAGGCUAGGAAUGACGGGCUUCUCCUUGAUCUUCGUGGCUUCUCUUUUUGGGGCAACGGUAAACCAAUACGUGUACUACCAGGGCCUGCAUCUGGGAUCGUCGUCGAUGGCGACGGCCAUGAGCAACCUGAUACCCGCGAUCACCUUCGUGAUGGCAGCGUCAGUAGGACUAGAAAAGGUGGACCUCAGGAGAGUGAGGAGCUUGGCGAAGAUAUUCGGCACCACCGUCUGCGUCGGAGGAGCCAUGGCCAUGGCGUUCUUCAAGGGCCCCAGGCUGCUCAACUCCUCCUCUCUGAUCGUCGACCUGAACUUUCUUCUCCACUCGUCAGCGAGCAGCAAGUGGGUUAUGGGCGCCCUGUUCCUCAUCUGCAGCAGCUGCUGCUGGUCACUCUGGCUCAUCUUGCAGGUGCCAAUCUGCAAGUCGUACAUGGAUCCCCUGACGCUGUCGGCGUGGAUGUGCUUCCUGUCGACGCUGCAGUCGGCGGUGCUCGUCUCCUUCCUCGUGCCGGACAUCAACGCCUGGAAGAUCCACUCCCUAUUCGAGCUCGGAUGCUGCCUUUUCGCCGGCGUGUUUGGGUCAGGCGUGACGUUCUACCUGCAGUCGUGGUGCAUCUCGGUCAGGGGCCCUCUCUACUCCGCCAUGUUCAACCCGCUCUGCACCGUCAUCGCCACCGUCGUCGCCGCCGCCUUCCUCCACGAGGAGCUGCACAUCGGCAGCUUGUUCGGGGCGACGGCCAUUGUUGCCGGGCUGUACAUCGUGCUGUGGGGCAAAGCAGCGGAUGGCGGCGGCAAGAGCGGCGGGAGUGUGCCGGAGCACAGCCACGACGUGGAGAAGGCGGCGAUGCGGUCGGAAUCGCAGCUCGACGUGGGUGAAGGCAUCACGGAGCCGCUCCUAGAGGCCGGCAACACGGCCGAGAAGUAGGGUAGAGGAGAUUUUGAAGUUGAUAGCCAGUUGUAUCUUCUACAAACGUUUUUUUUUUAUUUAUGUCUCCUGGUAGGGAGAGCAUGGUAUUUUGGAUGUAACUAUAUAACAUUCGAAAGUAUUUAGUAUGGAUAAUUUUCAAAUGUAACUAUUGUAUAAUUAUUCUGUAACUAUCUUAUAGUUUUUUUUUUAACCAAAGGCAGGAGCUCUGCCAUUGUAUUAGAGAGGAGAAAGCAACAAGAAUGUCUAAUAGUUUUUUUUUUAA